UACCGUUUAAAAGUCCAUGUAGUGGAUGACAUUGGGAAUUUAUCAUUGGUGUUAUGGGAUAAGCAUUGUAUAAGGAUACUUGGAAGGAGAGCUGAGGAGCUUUUAAAGAAAUCAGUAAGUUUACAAGCACUAUUGUUUUAAAAUUUCUUAUUUGGAUUUUUUAAGAAAUCAGCAAGUCAUUGACAUAUUGUUUUCGUGCAGGAGAAAGAAAGAGAAUUGCAAAUUGAAAUUGAGGAACUCGUAGAGAGGAAAAUGAUGUUUGAAAUUGAAGUAUCAAAAUCUCAAGAUUCACUAUAUGAAGACAGUUUUAGUGUGUCUCAGGUCUCUACAGAUCCUACUUUUAUUGAAAAACACUCCCAUGAGACACCAUCUACCCAAGAGUCAGUAUCCCAACCGAAACUUAAGAUGGUAGAUUUUGGGGUUGAAGAGAAUGUUGAUUCAAUAGCUGAUAAGGGUGAAACCAGUGUGAAAAGAGACGUCAUUAUUGACGUAGAGGGCUAGGAAGUCUUGGAGUGUGAUGACAAAAACAAAUUGAAGAGGGAUCUUUUGAAUGAUUUUGAAAUAACAGAGCAAGAGCAAUUGAAAAGGCCAAAAAAGUAUAUCAAAGUUGAAAAGGGAUGAGAGAGAAUGAUUUUAGAAAUAUUUUUCCCAAUUGCUGUCUUUUCUAUGUCUUGAGUGUACUAAAUAAGUGCUCUGGUACAGAAUGUUUUACCAUUUCCCCUUUCUUGAAUGUCAUUUAGUUUGAUUUCCAUCAGCUCUUAAAACAGCAGUCUAAAUUCACUUAUUUACAUUACAUAUCUAUUAGUACAAAGGCUGAACAUAUACCUGGCAAAACUCACCCGGUCCCGAUAACCCGAACCAAAUAACCCGGCACCGAACCG